CGGGUUAGCCGCCGGCCGCCAUUUUGUCCAGUGAGGAAAAGCGGAGCUGGGGUCUCGCUGUGGGUCGAGUCGGCUGAGUUUAGCGCGGGCUCCCUUCGCGCGCCCUCCCUCUGAGCACCGCAAUGCAUCGCGACUCUUGUCCGCUGGACUGCAAGGUUUACGUAGGUAACCUUGGAAACAAUGGCAACAAAACGGAAUUAGAACGAGCUUUUGGCUACUAUGGACCACUGCGCAGUGUAUGGGUGGCAAGAAAUCCCCCUGGUUUUGCCUUUGUGGAAUUUGAAGAUCCUCGAGAUGCAGCUGAUGCAGUGAGAGAACUAGACGGAAGAACUCUGUGUGGGUGUCGUGUCCGAGUGGAGCUCUCCAACGGGGAGAAGCGGAGUCGGAACCGUGGCCCCCCUCCAUCGUGGGGCCGGCGCCCUCGGGAUGACUAUCGUAGGAGGAGUCCCCCUCCUCGGCGCAGAUCACCGCGAAGGAGAAGCUUUUCCCGGAGCCGCAGCAGGUCCCUCUCCAGAGACAGAAGAAGAGAGAGAUCACUCUCACGGGAGAGGAACCACAAGCCUUCUCGCUCCUUUUCCAGGUCUCGCAGUCGCUCCAGGUCAAAUGAGAGGAAGUAAAACUGUGGGAAGGAGCUGUGUACAGGAAGUCAUGAAAUCCGAGGCCAGGAGUAUGUACAGAACAUUGUUUUGUUUUGAAACUUCAUAAAGCUUGGUGCAUUUUUAAAAUGUU